AUGGAAGAAAAUAAAGGAAACUUACUUGAUGAAGAAGCUAAAGCUUCCCUAGACAUAUGGAGAUAUCUCUUUGGGUUUGCAGAUAUGGCAGCUGCGAAGUGUGCAAUUGAUCUCAAAGUACCAGAAACCCUUGAAAACCAUCCUUCGUCCCAGCCGAUGACCCUAACUGAACUCUCUUCUGCCACCUCCGCCUCUCCGUCACAUCUCCACCGUAUAAUGAGGUUUCUUGUGCACCAAGGACUCUUCAAAGAAGUCCCCACAAAAGAUGGUCUUGCCACAGGCUACACUAACACGACCCUCUCUCGCCGUAUGAUGAUCACAAAACGUGACGGCAAGUCGCUGGCUCCUUUGCUUCUCCUCGAGACAAGUCCAGAGAUGCUCGCUCCAUGGUUGAAAAUGAGCUCAGUUGUCUCUUCGCCGGUUAAAGGUUCGGUUCCACCUUUUGAUUUGGUGCAUGGUAAGGAGUUGUGGUCGUUCGCAAAGGACAAUCCGCGUCACAGUGAACUGAUUAAUGAGGCCAUGGCUUGUGAUGCAAGGCGUGUGGUGCCACAUGUAGCCAGAGCUUGUCACGGUUUAUUUGACGGCGUGGCUACGGUGGUGGACGUUGGAGGCGGUACCGGAGAGACAAUGGGGAUAUUGGUAAAGGAGUUUCCUUGGAUCAAAGGAAUCAACUUUGAUCUUCCUCAUGUUGUUGAAGUAGUUCAAGAAAUGGAUAAUGUCGAGAAUUUUGGGGGAGAUAUGUUUGACUCCGUUCCUGCAUGCGACGUUAUUUUCAUUAAGUGGGUUUUACACGAUUGGGGAGACGAAGACUGCAUAAAAAUAUUGAAAAACUGUAAGGAAGCGCUCCCACCAAAGACCGGAAAAGUGUUAAUAGUGGAAUCCGUGCUCGGAGGAAAUAAAAAAACGAUGAUAAUGGAAGAAAGAGAUGAUAAACUAGAGUAUGUGAGAUUAGCGCUUGAUAUGGUGAUGAUGGUUCACACAAGCACAGGCAAAGAAAGAACUUUAAAGGAAUGGGACUUUGUCAUUAAAGAAGCUGGUUUUGCUCGCUAUGAGGUUAGGGACAUAGAUGAUGUUCAAAGUGUCAUCAUUGCCUAUCGCUCUUAG